AUGGCAUCACAGCCGAUUAUUUUACGGUUUGAGAGCCGUAAUGGGCAGUUCCGAUUCUCAGUUAGCCCGCAGGAACUCUUCCCGUCCCUCCAUCAAAAGAUCCUGGAACAGCUUCCGGCAAACGUCGAUUCCUCCUCCAUCGUCAUCUCGAACAAACCCAUCGGCACAGGCGGCGAAGAGAGAGAAUUGGAAGGCCUACAAGGUGUCUCAAUUCAACAAGUCGGACUCAAACAUGGCGAUAAGCUCUUCAUUGGGUACCAGGAACAGACACAACAGAAUGGACUAUCGAAUGGUGACACACCUACCGCUCCGGAGCGACGAUUAAAUGGAGCUCCGAUCCCCCAGCAAGAGACUGUUCCGAUUCGUCCUCAGCCAUCCUCUUCCGCAACAAUCAAGAACCCGUGGGACGUGGUGAAGCAAUCCCCACUAGAUGACCUUUUGGAUAAGAAAGAUGGCAAAAUCAAGCGGAACAUGGAUCACAAAAUGUGUAAGCAUGGCCCUCGAGGCAUGUGUGAUUACUGCAUGCCGCUCGAACCAUACGACACAAAAUACAUGGCGGAGAAGAAGAUCAAGCAUCUUUCUUUCCACUCAUAUCUGCGGAAGAUCAACGCUGCAACCAAUAAGCCCGAGAUGGGAACCUCCUUCAUGCCACCGCUCAAUGAACCAUACUACCGAGUGCGAACUGAUUGUCCAUCGGGGCAUUCGCCAUGGCCGGAGGGUAUUUGCACAAAGUGUCAACCCAGUGCUAUCAGUCUGCAACCCCAGGAGUUUCGCACGGUCGACCACGUAGAGUUCUCCUCUCCCGACCUCAUCAAUUCUCUUCUUGACUUUUGGCGAAAAUCUGGUGCCCAGCGCCUCGGCUUUUUAUACGGAACCUAUGAGGAGUACACGGAAGUACCGCUGGGUGUCAAGGCUGUUGUACAAGCAAUCUACGAACCCCCACAAAUGGGCGAAGUCGAUGGCGUAACACUUCACGAUUGGCACAACGAAAAGGAAGUGGAUGAGGUGGCCAGUCUUUGCGGAUUGCAAAAGGUUGGUGUUAUAUUUACUGAUCUUCUCGAUGGCGGCCAAGGAGACGGUUCGGUGGUAUGCAAGCGCCACAUCGACUCAUACUUCCUGUCAUCGCUGGAAAUUGCCUUUGCCGCACGCCUUCAGGCACAAAAUCCCAAAUCAACCAAAUGGAGUCGCACGGGACGCUUUGGUUCCGACUUUGUCACAUGUGUGCUCAGCGGUGAUGAAACAGGUGCUAUUAGCAUCAGCUCCUACCAAGCCUCUGUUUCUGCGGUCGAGAUGGUUCGUGGAGAUAUCAUUGAGCCCUCCGCUGACCCGUCUGUGAUGCUGGUACAAUCCGAGACCGACGAGGAUGUUGGCGCCAGAACUCGAUAUAUCCCCGAGGUUUUCUAUCGCCGUAUUAACGAGUACGGUGCCAGUGUUCAAGAGAACGCCUCGCCAAGCUUCCCAGUGGACUUCCUUUUAGUUACUCUGACUCAUGGAUUCCCCACAGAGUCAUCCCCAUUGUUCACCAACAGUCGCUUCCCCAUCGAAAACCGCGAAAUCAUCGGCGAAAGCCAAGAGCUACGACAUGUUGCUCAGAAACUUAUGCUUGGAGACCCCCAAAAGGCCAUCCAAGGGGUAUCUGACUUCCACCUGCUCUGCUUCUUGCACGGACUCAGCACCUUCAACAAGGACGAGGAAUCCCUCCUCUGCCGUGUCUCGAAAACACAAUCACCGGCCGAAGGAAUGCAACUGUUGAAUACCUCAGGAUGGGCGACGUUGAUGACUAUCCUUGAGGAGAGUGGUGAGCGCCCCCCUAAGCGCCCCUGGCCCACCGCGGUUGAGUCUUCUCGCCCGGAUCCCCAACCCCGAGGACGUCGCAACCCCCCUUCUUCCCAUACAUCACGCUCCAAUACUCCUACUGCGGAUGGUGAACAGCUUGCUAAGAGGUUUAAGGGAGCUAGUCUAGAGUGA